CGGGCGAGGGCGGGAGGGAAGGCGCGAGCAGAGGGCACCGGGCGGUGGCGGCGGCGGCGGCUCCGGGAGCACCAUGGCUGAGCUGCUCUGGAGCCUGCAGGAUUCCCAGCUCGUCGCCCGCUUCCAGCGCCGCUGCGGGCUCUUCCCCGCGCCGGAUGAAGGCCCCAGCGAGAACGGCGCGGGCCCCGCGGACGGCGAGGCGCGGACGCCCGAGCUCGGGCAUCUCCCCGCCGCCAAAGGCAAGGGCGCCGGGGAGCCGGCCAAUGGGCUGCGGAGACUGGCGGCCCCGCAGGCUUAUGUACAGAAGUAUGUCGUGAAGAAUUAUUUCUACUAUUACCUGUUCCGAUUUUCAGCUGCUUUGGGACAAGAAGUGUUCUACAUCACAUUCCUUCCAUUCACUCACUGGAAUAUAGAUCCUUAUUUGUCCAGAAGACUGACCAUCAUAUGGGUUCUGGUGAUGUAUAUUGGCCAGGUAACCAAAGAGAUCUUGAAGUGGCCCCGCCCCUUCUCCCCUCCUGUCGUGAAACUCGAGAAGAGAGUGAUCGCUGAAUAUGGGAUGCCGUCUACCCACGCCAUGGCAGCCACGGCCAUCUCCUUCACCCUCCUUAUCUCUACCAUGGACAGGUACCAGUAUCCCUUUGUUUUGGGACUGAUGAUGGCUGUGGUGUUUUCCACGUUGGUGGGUCUCAGCCGACUUUACACUGGGAUGCAUACGGUCCUGGAUGUGCUGGGCGGCAUCCUGAUCACCGCCAUCCUCAUUGUCCUCACUUACCCUGCCUGGACCCUUAUCGAUCGCCUGGACUCGGCCAGUCCCCUCUUCCCCGUGUGUGUUCUAGUGGUGCCGUUCUUCCUGUGUUACAACUACCCCGUGUCCGAUUACUACAGCCCGACCAGAGCGGACACCACCACCAUCAUGGCUGCUGGGGCUGGGGUGACCAUAGGGUUCUGGAUCAAUCAUUUUUUCCAGCUCGUGUCUGAGCCCACGGAAUCUCUCCCUGUUAUUCAGAACAUCCCACCGCUCACCACUGACCUGUUAGUUUUGGGUCUGGCCAAAUUCACUGUGGGAAUUGUGCUGAUCCUCCUGGUCCGUCAGCUUGUACAAAAGCUCUCACUGCAAGUGUUGUACUCCUGGUUCAAGGUGGUCACCAGAAACAAGGAGGCCAGGCGGAGACUGGAGAUCGAAGUGCCUUACAAGUUUGUCACCUACACGUCUGUCGGCAUCUGCGCUACCACCUUUGUGCCAAUGCUCCACAGGUUUCUGGGAUUACUCUGAGCCUCAAACAGUCACUGGAUGAGACAUCCAAAAGUUGAGUGGGGAAGUCUUGAUGACACAUUUUUCUUAAAAAAAAAAAAAACAACUGUCCUUAAGUCACAUGUCUAUUUUGCUAAUAUCUAAGAUAAAUGUUGCUGCUGUAUGGCGUGAAAAGUUGUCUUGCAGGAACCACUUGCCUGUAAGGGUCAUGUCAUGGAUGAAGCCAGGCUAAACCCACAGUUGACCUCUUUUGGGGUCCCCCACCCUGUUACAUGGACUUUGGGCCAGCCCUGGGCUGGCAGGAAUUGCAGCCUGGCUUAGGAGUGGCCACAAACACCCUGGGUUCUGGAGAGCAUGACCCAGAAAGCUGGACAUCGGGUUUUCUUUUCAAUUAUGACCCUGCCCAUCGUCGAGUCUCAGUGUUGGUCCGAGAGAAAGGGUGACGUUCCUUGGAUGGGGUGACUUUCUGUCGUUAUGAUCACAUGAGACUGUGCCAGCUCACAGGGAAAGAGUGCUGUAAACCUCCCCGGGAAGUGUGAAAGGCGGGGCAAAGCCCUGAGGUCCUAGGCAAGAAACUGCUUUCCCUAUGUGUCCUGGUCUCUGUCAGGUGCGCAUUGGACGGCGGGGCAUCUACUCCUCCUUGUCUGUACACUUUGCAGGAUUUGGGUACCAUUUAUUUCUAUCCUCUUCUGAACCAUGAACCCAACUGGCUGCUCCCAACUCACUUCAUCCGGGUUCCUCUGGGUGUGCGGCUCUCUCCUGCAUCAGAGUGACUUGGGACUAGCCCUCUGCCCUUCUUCAGCUUUUUUCGCUUUCUUACAAACUGGGAAGGCACUGUUGUGGGCCUGUUAAAGUGGAUCAGUAGAAGAAUAGGUGAAUGUAAUCCUUCUUGGGGCCCUAGACCUCCCUCCUGGCCACUGUUUCUUCAUUACUACUACUACUACUAAGUCGCUUCAGUCGUGUCCGACUCUGUGCGACCCCAUAGACGGCAGCCCACCAGGCUCCCCCGUCCCUGGGAUUCUCCAGGCAAGAACACUGGAGUGGGUUGCCAUUUCCUUCUCCAUUACUUUUCCUAAAUCCAUUUUCUCAUCUGCUAAAUAGAAUCAAGGGCCCCCCUUCCAUGCCCCCCCCCCCCACCUCAUAUCUUUUGGCAAUUUUAAGGGUAAUUAAUGUCAGCCUCUCUUUGGAACAAGCAUCCUUUAGACCCCAGGCAAGUCCUUAUUAGACUUAGGAAGGUGAUCAUUAGGCAAACACCCUCCUGCAGGGGCUCCUUGAGGAGGAGGAACAAGAAUGAAGAGGAACAGCUGAACAGCUGUCAACAGUGUUCUUAAAAGUGAGUGUCAAUGGGCAGUUAACAAAGUGUCCUGUGGUGGAGCUCCUGAGCUGCUGAAGCCAAUGCUUUAUAACUUCCUGCGUCCUCACCACUCACACACUUUGAGUGAAAUCUGCCGGUCUGGUCAGUUAGGUUCUUACCUCCUCAUCCAGCGUGAAAACUGAACACCCGUUUGUCCUGAUUUCAAAGAUGCACCCUGGCCUUUUGGUUGCGAUCAUCUCUGAUGUUUGACUUCAUGCUUCUGACAUUUUUCACAGUUAGAAGGCAGGGGUCAAAAUGACUUGCCGUUUCCCUGUUUUUACAUCAUCCUCUGACCAGCAUCUGUGGCACUCUGGUAGGGGGAUGCCCCAGGUCACAGGCACCCCCACCCGAGACCACCCCACAUUGCAGUGCACGCGGCACUCUCUAUACCCCCGUCCCCGUGGGCUGCCAGACCUGAGAUCACAGCCCUGGGUAAUAUUUAGACAAAAUGAUUUUAGUUGAUUUCUCUGAAGCCAACGGGCAAAAGGAUCAGCUUUUUCCACUUGUAUCCUUGAGAAGGGUGGUAAUUAUUGUCAUAGCAGUGGGUGUGAGCAAUUCAUUUGUGUGUAUAUAUAAAUCUUACUGCCAUCUCUUUAGUUUUAAGCCCAACAACAGAACUGCAGUCGGCUGUAUUGAUGUAUUCAAGGCUGUUAUUUAUACAAUUUGGAUUGAGGAUGAAGAUGGUAGCCAUAGCUCAGUAAAGAAAGACUCACAGAUUGGUCACUGUUUUGGUCACUUGUUACAUCAACCAAAGAAUAAAAAGUGCAUAUUGGUGAGGCCAAGCUUAGUUUUUGAGCAUGAUGGCUCUAUGGCCUAGAAUCAGGCAGAAACUGUUUAGAAAAACCAUUUUAAUGGCUUCAAACUGCAACACACACACACAGCCCUCCUCAUUCACUUUACCCAGCCCUUCACACAAACACACACAAACCCCACCCCCACCCCCCAAGACUACACCUUCCAUCUCUGAUCUUUGGAUUUUCUCUCUGGGGGUAGACUGCCCCCUGCUGGCAUAGCCCUGUCUUGGUCCAGAGCCUCUGCUGGGCAGAAGUCUUAAGAGAUUAAGUUUCAAAAUCCGGCUCAUCUUGAUGUGUCCAGUCUAAGCUUAGAAGCUGUGGUCUGGCCAGCCCUGCAUUUGGACGUGAUGACGCUCGGCAUCAUCAGCCCCUCCGGGUAGAAUGGCAUGUGCUUUUCCUGACUGCCCUCCUGCCCCCAACCCACAAGCACUCUGGACCACGGCAUUUCCUCUUGUGAGUGUCAUUCUAAACAGCCAUCAUUCCAGACCAGUUUUGCCCAGACUCCUGCCAAACCAGAUCAUGCAGUAGAAAAAACCACAGAGGAGACCAUGAACAAAAACCCUCAACGACUGAAAUCACCCCUCAACAUGCCUGCAGAUCACACUAUAACAGAAUUUUCUUGCCCAAAUAGGCAACUCACGCUUCCCAAGUGUAACCAAAGCAUGUGGUGUUUCAGGGCCAUAUGCUCUGGUUUUCUAUUUUGGAAACCUUCAGCUGUCUUACUUAUGUACUGUAUGUAAAUUUAUUCUUUUAAAAAUCAUUUUUGUUUGAUUAUGAUUUAUUAAAUGCUUUAAAAGCCA